AUCCCUGCCUCCUUAUCCCCCCGCACUCCCUCCCCGGCGAGCGGGUUGAUGGGCUCCGCGGCCUCUGGGCAGCCAAGGUUCUCCCGCGGCUUCUGCCGAGCUCCGCCGUCUCACAGGGCGGCGCGGCGCAGACAGCCUCCGCCCCCCUCUUCCCGUGUCGAGCACCGCAGGUUCUAGACCGGCUUUUUCUUUUUCUUUUAAGUGCAAAGCCGAGGCGAGCAGCGGCUCCCCACUCCCCCCUGUUUUUUUCCUAAUUUGAUUUUUUUUCCCCUCUCUUGCGCCCUCGCAGCGGGCGGAGGCGCGACCGGCGCAGCCCCCCGCAGGAAGCGGUGGGACCCGCGGCCGCAGCGUGGAGACUGGCGCAUGCCACAGUCCGCCUUGGCCCUGCCGCCGCCCGCCGCUGGCCACCGCCGCGUCUUGGCUCCCAGCCCCUUCAUGUGCGGCGGACGACAUGCCCGUUUUGUAGCCGGAGCCCCCUCCUCUCGUCUCGUAUGUUCAGGACCAAACGUUCGGUGCUCGUCCGGCGGCUCUGGCGGAGCCGUGCACCCGGCGGAAAGGAGGAGGAGGCGGCGGCGGCGGGCGAGUCCGGCGCGGCCAUGGCCGUGGCAGAGGCCGAGGCCCGGGCGUCUGCCUGCGGCGGGGGGUGCGGGUGCUGCCCGGGCAAGGCGGGCCGCGGCGGGUGGGCGUCGGCGGGCGCGGAGGCGGAACUGAAGGCGCUGAUCCACGCCAUGCUGAAGCGGCUGAAGGAGCGGCAGCUGGAGGAGCUGCUGCACGCCGUGGAGUCCCGAGGUGGGGCGCGGACCCCCUGCCUGCUGCUGCCCGCCAAGGCCCUCUCCCGUCUGGGCCAGCACUGGUACCCUCUGCCGAUGCUGCUCUGCAAGGUGUUCCGCUGGCCCGACCUCCGCCACUGUUCCGAAGUGAAGCGGUUAUGUUGCUGUGAAUCCUACAGCAAGGCUCACCCCGAGCUUGUUUGCUGCAACCCGCACCACCUCAGCCGUCUCUGCGAGCUAGAGUCUCCCCCUCCACCCUACUCCAGAUAUUCAAUGGAUUUUCUCAAGCCAAAUGAUUGUCCAGAUUCUGUGCCUUCCUCCACUGAAACAGGGAGAACUAAUUGUCUAGCCUCUGGGAGGCUUUCAGAUUCCCAAGUUCUUCAGGAGCCAGGGGAUCGGUCACAUUGGUGUGUGGUGGCAUACUGGGAAGAGAAGACACGCGUGGGUCAGCUGUACUCUGUCCAAGAGCCUUCCCUGGAUAUCUUCUAUGAUCUACCUCAGGGAAAUGGUUUCUGCCUCGGACAGCUCAACUCAGAAAACAAAAGCCAACUGGUGCAGAAGGUCCGCGGCAAGAUCGGCUAUGGCAUCCAGCUCACCAGGGAAGUGGAUGGAGUGUGGGUGUACAACCGCAGCAGUUACCCCAUCUUCAUCAAGUCAGCCACACUGGACAACCCCGACUCCAGGAUGUUGCUGGUUCACAAAGUGUUUCCAGGUUUUUCCAUCAAGGCUUUUGACUAUGAAAAGGCGUACAGCUUGCAGAGACCAAAUGACUAUGAGUUCGUGCAGCAGCCAUGGACAGGAUUUACGGUUCAGAUCAGCUUUGUGAAAGGCUGGGGCCAAUGCUACACUAGACAGUUCAUCAGCAGUUGCCCCUGCUGGUUGGAGGUUAUUUUUAAUAACCAAUGACUCAAGACAGAGUGGACUCAAGGCAUUUAUAUUACUUUGCUGCUAAUAUUUCCUUCUGAGUGCUUGCUUUUCAUACAAACUAUCUGGUGUUGUUUUGUUUAGUUUGUAUGUCCCCCCCUUGUUUUGAGAAAAACCUUUGGAAAUAUUUUUUUUGUGCUUUGGAGUAGUUUGAUAAACCUAGUUUUUAAAAGUGUAAAUGACCAAUAACUCAGAAGGGUGAGAAAAGGGUGUGGCUCACAUAUGAUAGUUAUUUCAUGCCUCUGAAAGGAUUAUCCUAUGUGGUCAAUGGAUUCAGAAGCCACUUGCUAUAUGUUACAGUUCCUUCUCUUGGAUAAAAGAACAAGAUACUUGUAUUUUUUAUGCACUGCCUUUCCAUCCCUGGUGACGGUGACACCAAGACCUCUUCCCCAGCAGUGUUAACCCCACAUUGUUGCCAAAGAAUGGUGCAAAAUCUUUGCAACCAGGUCUUUACCCAUCCUUUUUAAUUUUUAUUUUUUCUUGUUGCUGAGUUGACAUCUUGUCACUGUGUUCAUUCUUUCACUGCUUUUUUUUUUUUAUUUUGUAUGGUCAUGAAUUGAUGCAAGAGGAGAAAAUAACAGCAGAGAAACCUCUUGCAUGGACCGUGCUUUAUAAUUUGAUAAGAUUGUAAGAUGUAAAGCAACAGAAGCCUAAGCCUAAAAAAAAACAAAACAAAGCAAAACCAACAAAACAAAUAAAAAACAAAUGGGAAGACAAAAGAAAAAGUGUUCACAAUAGUUGGUCUGUUGUAACUUCUUAUAUCAGGUUAUCCCAGUACCAUUCAAUUUGAAAAUGCAAUUGUGCUUUCAUUUCUUCUUGAAUUCAUACACUAGUAUGAUACUUUUACACUGUUCUUAGCUCAAUGAGCAUGUUUAGACCUUAACAUAAGCUAUUUUUCUAUAUAUAAAGGUUUAAAUGAACAAGAAAGCAUUCUCAUUGGAACUUUAGCACUGUAGUGCUUUGGAAAUACACACAAAAAAGGACUCCUUAAAACCCCCUGAGAUUUGUUAAAGAAAAAAUGCAUUUUAUGUUAUAUAUAAAUAUAUUAUUACUUGUAAAUAUAAAGACGUUUUAUAAGCACCAUUAUUUAUGUAUUGUGCAAUGUGUAUAAAUGAGAAAAAAAAGAAAGAUGCACUUUGCUUUAAUAUAAAUGCAAAUAACAAAUGAUAAAUUUAAAAAAAAGAGCAUGAAAUUGCUGGGUUUUUUCUAUGGGUCUUAUCAUCCAGAUGAAUAUUUUUUCUAAAGGAGCAUAUGUUCCAUUAAAAAAUAAAAAUGUACACUUGA